AGAGGCGGUGGUAGAGGCUGCUGCCGUCGAUGACCAGCUUGGUGUCCCGCAGCCGCAGCUCGGUGAAGAACACCCCGCGCUCCUCCACGAAGCCGUGAUUUCUGUGAACAUCCGUGGAAGAAUAAAAUUAUUUGAAAGCUACAUCCUUGAGAAAUUGGUGGAGUUUUUGUUGCACAGAGAAAUGCUGAAAUUUCAAGGAACUGCUAAGCAUGUCACUGUUGCCAGAUUUAAUUCUGCUUGCUCAGAUGCUGUGAUUGCAAGAAGAUACACUAUUCAGAGGAAACUUGGCAAUGGAAGCUUUGGAAGUGUGUAUUUGGUUAAUGACAGAAAAGCAAAACAAGGAGAAGAACUAAAGGUCCUAAAGGAAAUCUCUGUUGGAGACCUAAAGCCUAAUGAAACAGUUGAAGCAAAUCUGGAAGCACAACUACUCUCCAGAUUAGACCAUCCAGCCAUUGUCAAAUUUUAUGCAAGCUUUGUGGAGCGAGAUAGUUUCUGCAUUAUCACUGAGUAUUGUGAGGGUGGAGAUCUAGACUUUAAAAUUCAAGAGUACAAAGAUUCUGGGAAGAUGUUCACUCAAAGUCAAAUAAUAGACUGGUUUAUACAGUUGUUACUUGGAGUCAACUAUAUGCAUGAAAGACGGAUACUUCACAGGGAUUUGAAAACCAAGAAUAUAUUUUUGAAAGAUAAUCUUCUUAAAAUUGGAGACUUUGGAGUUUCUUGUCUUUUGAUGGGUUCAUGUGAUCUUGCAACUACUUUUACUGGGACAUCAUACUACAUGAGUCCAGAAGUACUGAAGCACCAGGGAUAUAAUACAAAAUCUGACAUUUGGAUGUUAAGUAAGAAUCCUUCAUUGAGACCAGCAGCAGCAGAGAUACUAAAAUCCCCUUAUAUUGAUGAACAGCUAAAGAAAAUACAGUACAAGUUCACAAACAUGACUGUGAAAGACAAGGCACUUAACUGUCAGAAAGAAACUGCUCCCAUUUUUGGAGCCGUGCAGAAGAAAGUUCAUUUGCAAACUCUGCAGGAACUUUCUGAAGUUCAGAAAAUGACACCACGGGAACGAAUGCGGCUGAGGAAGUUAAACGCUGCAGAUGAGAAAGCAAAGAAGUUGAAGCAGCUGGCAGAAGAAAAAUAUCAAGAAAAUAUCAAAAGAAUGCAAGAAUUCAGGUCCCAUAAUUUUCAGCAGCUGAAUGUCAAUGUCCUACAUGAAUCUGAUGAGCAGACUUCAAAACACCUCAUUCAUUCUCAGCCUGCCACAAUGGACAACUACGUGUCCGCAGGACAGGAUGACCCAAGAGAGAAUGGGACCAGUGAACUCGUCAUGUCUGAAGUCAGAGACCAUGAGAUCCCUGAAGACCCAGAAAUUGCAGAAGAAUAUUAUAAAGAUGAGUUUGAAUCCUUUUCAGAAGACAGUGAAGAAGAGGAAGAUGCAGAAUUGUCAUGGACAGUCUCUAAGACAAAUCACCAGGACAGUGAUAUGGAGGCAAUGGUUGAGUAUUUGGAGAGUGUCCUGAAUAGCAGCUCAUUGGGCUCGAGGACUGUCACCGGAGUGUCUCCAGGGGUGCCCCAGGGAUUCAGAGCUCUCAACAGUACAAUGGCUGAGACCAAGCUGAAACGCAUGAGGGAGUCUGCCAUUGGGAAGCUGGGAGUAGAGGCAUUCGAGGCGGUGUACAGCUGCCUCAAGCAAGCGAGACAGCAGAAUGCCAGCGAGGAGGAGAUCAGGAGCUCUUUGGAGAAACUGGUUUCUAGAGCAAGUGAUUGCUUUGAAGUGGAUCAGCUGCUGUACUUCGAGGAGCAGCUACAGGCUUCAGAGCCUCGUCUCCAGCUGUAGCAGCGUGUCAGCAGCAGCUGGGAAUGGCCCAGAGGGGGAAGAGGCCUCCCUCAGGCCAGCAGGCAAAUACAGGAGGUGUUUGGAGGACGCUGCUUAGGGUAAUGUAGUACAUAAGCAUGUGGGUAAGCUCCAUUUGAGAGUCCAGACUGCAGUGAGAAGUGGGUAAAUGUGGCACAAAUUUCAGGGGCAGGAAGAAGAACAAAUGUUUGUGACAGUGGAGGGAGGAUUCACAGUUACCUGUCUCCCCUUCUUCUGCCACUUAAAGCAAAUUAAGGGUGUUCUGGGCCAUGGAGGGACACCAGUCUUGCACUUAGAGUUUCAGUGGCAAAGCUGCCUUUGAUGGAAUGACACAGGAUUAGACUCCAGCUGCUGUUGAUUUCUGUGCUGUCUCAUCCUUGUGAUACUUAAGCCCAUAAUUUUUGUAAUUUGGCAGAUUUAUUCUUAAACAUGUAUGUAUAUGUAUGGCCACUCAGCCCCUAAUUGUCUUCUUAUUAUUGAUUGUUCAAAAGGGCUGUGUUUAAUCUGAGUUUCAAAGGAAUUGUGGACAUACAUACUUAUGUGCCUAUUUAUAUACAUAUAUGCAUGCUCACAUACACAGAGAUAGGAGUGUAUAUUCAUAAUGGCAGAAGAAUGUCUGGUCAUACACUGUAUUUGUCUAAAGAGUUUUGGAUUAAAUUCAUUAUUCAAAAAUGGAACAGUAAACUGAUUUUUUUGUGCCUUGCA